AUGAUAAUUGGAAGCCAUCCCUGGUAUAAAGGAAAAAAGCUAUACUCGUUAGAAGAAGUAAAGUAAAAAGUGAAAAACAAAAUUCCAUUUUAUUUGUCAAAAAACACCAGUAAUGAAAUGAAGAAAUUUUUAUAUAAUAUGAUAAGUAAAAACCCUGAAAGUAGAUUAAGUGCUAGCGAAUUAUUAAAAUAAGAAUUUUUAAAUUCAAAUGAAAUGAAUUAUGAAUAGUUAAAUGAUACUAAAAUAGAUCAAUCAAUAGACGCUUUAAUAGCACGUAGAAAAUCAUAAUAAAGAAUAAAUUAAGGUUAUCUUGUAAGAUAAUAAUAUUAAGAUAAUAAAUUAAAAUAAUCAUAAAAUUUGUUUAAAUAAGGAAGAAAAUUAAGUAAAAUGAAUAAAAUUAAUAAAUUAAAAAAAAACAAAAAAAGAUGAUUAAGAUAAUAAUAAUAAUGCACUUUCAUCAAAAUUUUUUGAAAAAGGAAAAGCUAAAAAUUUUUUCACAAAAGCUAUAAAAGAUUUAAAAUUAGGGUAAAGUAUAGUUAGCUAAUAUUCAAUAGUUUAAAUAAAAACAAUUAUAAGUUAAGAUUCAUAAGCAUGGGAAAGACCAUUGACCUUCGGAAAUUUAAAAUAAUUACUAACUUAAACUACUAAAU